AUGGAGGCGGCGGCCGCGGCAGCGGCGGAGGAAGAAGUGCAGGAGGAGUUGGAGGCGGUGGUGGCCGUGUACGGCGAGGAUUGCCGGGUACUGCAGACCUUCCCACCCCACAUUAACGUCUCCAUCAGGCCCAGAACAGCAGACGACCCAGCGCAGCAGUUCGUGGAGGCUGUCCUCGGUGUAAGGGCGGGAGCUCGGGUACUGCAGUUUCAGCCUAUGAUCAUGUUAUGUGGACUCCGUCGAAGAAUUUUGUCGUCUGUCGUUUAUUUGUCACUUUUUGUAAGCCGCAUAACUCCAUUUGAGCAGUAAUGGUAGGGAGGUAUUAUGGCACAUAAAAGUAUUCUGGUGAAUGAUGUUGGAUAGCCGUAUUGGGGAUUUAUAGCUUAUCCUUGGGGAUGCGCAUGAUUGUGUCUUUAAUAUUAUUCAAUUACUUGGUUGAUCACCGUGGAAAUUCUAAUCGUAAUGGAAAUAACAUCCUACGGAUGUAUACUUCGUUUCCAUUAAGGUUUUUUGAAGACAUCAUUAUUUGGCGACAUUGCUCGCAUAAGACAUUUAAAAUUUCUAAUCAGCGUUAGAUGUUUGGAGGUCGUUAUUCAGAAGAGUCUCGUCUGUGUGAUCUGAUGAUUGUAUCCCAAUUUGCAUGCUAUUUUCAUUCACACUAGAUACUUGAUGUGCUCCUGUAUCUUAGGUCCAUAGAACAAGCCAACAACUCUGUCUCGGCUGACUUUUUAUAGGCGCAUACUCUGUCCUGUUGGAGAACUUAUCAGCUAUGACUACAUCAAAAAAAUUCAAACAUAUGAAUCAUGGUCCUGGGUCAUAAAUGGUUAAUCAUAAUGGCUAAUCCCAUGUAUGAUAUGUUUAUGUUCAUCCAAAAAAAUUGUGCCAUCAUUUUAUAUGUUCUAACCGUUCAUUUUGUAUCAGUAUCCAGCCGAACCUCCCCAUGUAAUUCUGGUGGAAUCUAAGGGCCUUGAUGAGGAGCGGCAUGAAAAGUUGACUACCAUCGUACGGAAUAAAGCCCAGGAACUUUCUUCACGUCCGAUGCUGAUAGCACUCUGUGAGGUAAAUUCCUUUGAACUAGAACGAUGCUGCUGGUGAAUGGCUGAUGGUUGCUGGCCAAAGAAAUUCGCAUGGAGAAUUAUUGAAAAAUGGCAAAAAUAAGAUAUGCUGAAGGAAAAAAAAUCGACAACACUGCAGAAAUCCUGCAGUUAAAAAUCGUGGGAACAUUUUCUUAAUCAGAUUUUUUUUUUCAUUUCCUUUUUCUGGAUAUUUCAUAUGAGUUGGUGUUUAAUGCUUCCUCUGGGUGUUGUCAGUUAAUGAUAUUGUGGCUCUCAAGAAUUCGUAAUCAUCAGGAAACAAUGUUGAAGGGAGUGAUUUCUGACAUUCUAUCAAGGGAACCAUCUUUAUCAUACAAGUAAUCAUCAGGGCAUGGAUUUCCUUUUUAAUCUUACUUUUCUAAUAAUUGCCUCACUAAUCCAAGGAAAAAAUGCAUUUAAUGAUAGAGUAUCAUGUGUUUCAUUUAACAAUCGCCACAAAACUUCACUAUACGAGCUAAUAGUGACUAAUUAAUUUGUCACUAUCUUAGUCGAUUUCUUACACUGUCUUAUUAGUCUUCUUCAUCUUUUGCGAAUCCCAACUUUAUUUUUCGUAUUUAUCCAUUUAAUUUGAACAUAAAACCGCUCAAUGUUCAUGAAAAUGAAAUUGUACGCAUGAUGAUGAUGUUUUGAAAUAAGUUUUGCAUUCAAAGGCCUAAGUGUCUGUCUAAGUUUAAGACAGCCUGAGAGCUGGAUACUGGUGGAUCCUAGAUUCUUCUUUCAUGUGGUUGAGAGCUUUUCUUGCUUUUUCUUGUCUUGUAUGACGUGAUAAUUUUUUCCAACUGCAGAAAUUUACUAAUUUAAAUACUUCACUAGGAAGCAGUUGACGUGCUGUCUGAUAUGAAUUAUCCCGAGGGAAAUUGUCCAUUGUGUCUGGAUCCAUUGUUUCAGCAAGAUUCUGACGAUCAGUCAUUUCCAUUCAUGAAGCUGAUGUCUUGUUUUCACUGUUUUCACAGGUGAGGGUAUAAUAUCCUUUCAAGUUUUGAUUUUCUUGUCUUUGUCACUCAUUAGGGACUCAUUUGGUUUGCCCUUCUAGUGAUUGCAUUCUCAGAUGGUGGCACUGGCUUCAACAAGAAGUUGAGAGAAACGCCGAUAAUCAGUUUCAGGGAACUAGACCUACUUUUUCGGAAAAUCGAAUUGGUGAAUAUUCUAAUGUGAUUUAAAUCGUUGUUUUUUUAUUCAUGAAAUAGCAUGAAGACAAAUUUACCUUCCAUUUUUUUCUAUUUGCCUUUUUUUGGGUGAAAAAUUGUAUCCUUUUGUCAAACUAUUAUGCCUGAAAGCCUCAGUAUUUGGGAGGCUGGUCGUAACCUUUCUUUCUGGCACAAAAAAAUGAACGGCUUCACGAAUGAGACUUAAGAAAAAAGAAAAAAAGUCAAAGGUUUGAUGAAGAAAAUACGAGUGAUUUUGCAAUUUAAUAGGCUAUCUUGAUUGGCUUGAGCCAUACUUUUAGUGAACAGUUGGGUUUGAUGGAUAGUUUAAAAGUGAAGAUGAAGGCUAAGGAACCUUGGGCGACCUUGUCAACUUGCACGUGGACCUUUCUUCAUCCAGUUUGUAAGCGAUGCCCACUAUAAUUGAUUCACAUGAGGAACCUGUGUGGAACAUGAACAAAAACAUUUUGAAUUGGAAAAUCUCAGCUCUACGUGGAGAUGCUUAUGUAGUGUAUCUGAUUGAGGGGUUUCAUAUUGGUCUAGACAAACUUUCACUCAUUCAGAUUGAUGAAAAAGUGCAGCCUAAGGAGAAACAUAAUUCAUUGUCUUAAUUUCAGUGAUAUAUCAUAGCUACAUGAGAAUUCCAUUUCAAAUUUGAAUUGGAACAUGAAUAUUUAUCCACAUAUUGACGUUUUUUGGUUUGUUGGAUACGGGUAUAUGAGUAGGCUGUAGGUAUGAGUGCAACUGUAUUGGAUUUGUGAAUCACUGUAAUAAUUUUAUUCGACGUCUUCUCUGCAGCCAACUUGUCAUAUACUGAUAGCUAUGAUGGGAAAAAAUCAAAUCAGAAAAUAAACCUGAAUAUUUCUUUCAAUUUCUCUCCUAAUUUCAGUAUGGGCUGAUCUUUGAUCCUGAUGCAGUUAAUUGAGAUGUUGAGCUUCAUAUUCCAUGGCACUGCAUUCCCCAGCGUCCUGAACUUAUUGCAUAUGGUCCCUAGAUUGUCCCAUUAUCUCUGGACCCAUUGCUGUCAGAUAUUGCAUACUAUUUUUUCGGUUCCUUACUGAUGUCUAGUUUUUGGUUUGGAUAAUUUGUUGUUGUCUUCAAAAACAGUCUUUUGCAUUUGUGGUCUUUAACUUGAGCUGAGUUGAGCCAUAUGAAUGUCCUCUGUAAUACACAAAUGAAGACAUUGAUUCUUGGAAUGUGGUAUAUUGGGCAGGUAUUUUGUCCAAACUCUAGUUGGAAAUUGUUUGUAUUCCUAUCACUAUUUGUAAUCAUCAUUCAGCAGAUAAGAAAUAAUGUCUGAGGAGAAAUCUGAGGUCUAAGUUGAUAGCACCUUAAAUGUAAAUCUAAGGAAAUUUGGAAUGAAUUUUCGUGACAUUUUAUCGUAGCAAAGAUCUUCCACUAAAUGUUAGGGCCCUAUGCAAAUGGAUUUUGAAGAUAUUGUUGACAAAAUUCCCAUGUAGAAGAUAAUGGGCCUCCUGCUGCAGCUAGUUGUUAAGCCUGAGAACAAUAUGUUUUAGCCUCCUUUGAUGUGGUCUGCCUAGGGGUUCUGGCGCUACUUUCAGCUUGUUCCUUAUUCACUGAAGGUUCACAUCUUUCUACUACAUGUGCUCUAUGACCUGGAAAUCAUAAUAGAUGAUUUUGGAUUGAAUUAUGUUUUAUUAGUUGAGGCUACUUUUUCUCUCUCCAUGAUGUGAAAGAUGUUCCUAUCAGUCUCGAGGCCUGCUGCUGUGAAUUUAAUAACUUGCCAUUUUAAGAAAACUUGUUCUGUAAAAAUGCUCAGCUGGAAAUUUUUAUUUUCUUUUAAUUUCGAAGUAUAAUUUGACUUCAAACCUUCAUUGGGAAGCUGCUGUUCCAGCUCAGGUAUGCAUCUCAGCUCAAGAUCCACACCAAGCGAAUUGCCCUGUCUGCCGAACGGUGUUUCAAUCGAAUGAUCUCGAGCAUAUUCUCAAUUUGGUGGAAACCAGUGCGUCGAAAGCAGUAUGUACUCAUCUACUUGGUGGAAGAUACUCGUUAUCUAGUUGUGUUUUAUUACGUUUCUGCUUUCAUAUUCCGGCGAUAUUAACAUUACUCUUGGAGCAGUACUUAAUGCUGGUUUACUUGAGGUACCUUAAUAGAAGAAAAAAAUUAUUUUUCGAUAUGUAAGAAUUUAAUUUAUUCACCUUCCCUGAUGGCGGAGGGAGGCAUUUCAUUUUGGUGAGGUCAUUACUUAGUGACACAAUUCAUCAAUAAAUAAGGGCAUUCUUAACAUCCCGAAAAAAGAGUCUGCAUAAAUUGGGUCUGCAAGAGAGUUGGGCACCAUGGCUUGCGGCCUUCCCCUAAUUCCUCAACUCAAGAAUGUAAAAUAGAAAGGGAUUGGCAGAGAAGAUUACAGACGUCCUGUCUCUCUUGUCUGACCUUUAACAUUAUUAGUAAUGUAUCAAAGAAGUCCUUUUGGUGAGGGAUGCCAUCACGAAAGUGGGUCUGAUAUGGGCUUUCUGAUAAUCCUGUCUUCACUGUCUUCCACUUUUUCUUGAUAGGCAUUCACUCUUUUCUACUGUGUUAUACUGCUAAUGGAUCGCAUUCUCCAAUUUAACAUCAAUCUGCCUAUUUUUUUCCGCCCAAUAAUUGAAGUUCCUUAUAAUGCGUUUCCAUGGAACUGGUGACAAAUAAUCAUAAGCUAUGGAAAGCCCCCUGUCGUUGGUAGAGGGUAGAAAAUUUUAGUCACAUUCAUAAAAGCAUUCUCAUCAAUAUAAAAAGGAAAUCAGAAAGGGAUAUCGUCCGUAUAUCUCACUUGUUUAUGACAGAAAUUGACUAAAAGAGUGAAUAACUACACCCGUUCUCACAUAGUGAGGGUACAUUCGUUAUCAUUUUUCAUAGAAGGUCAAAACGAGAGAAUUUCAGUUCAGUGGAAUCUUUUCAUUGCUAAAGUCCAAUUGAUGUCAUGAUCCCAACUGUUAUCUCUAAAAUUCAGCAAGUGCGAUGAUUAAUUUUCAAAAUUAACAUUAUACAAAAAAGCUCUGAGAUCUGUGCUCUUUUCCUCUUUAAAAUGUGAUGCAGUUAUUUCACUGUUGUUAAUUGAUUCCUAAGUGUUUUUUUUUUAACUUUUCGUGCAGGAUUAGAGUUUAAAAAUAAGAUUAAAUAUAGAAAAUGGCCUUCCAUAACGUUAUUUAUGACAUAUGACAGAUAAGUUAGCGGCCUGUUGAAGCUGUGAUGCAAAAACUGGGUUUUAAUUUUAGUACCAACAUUCAUUCUAUAUCUAGUGUCAGGGAUAAUGUCCCAUCUAGCAAAUGUAUGAAUUUAGAACUACCAGAGAUUUUAUUUUUUUGCCGAUCUGGGCAUGAAUUAAAAUUCAUCAACUUUCUAUGCUAUUAUCAAGUCCCAUGCUGAAACUUUGUACUUUUCAUAAUUCCUGUACGGAGAUUGCCUUUUAAUCCAUAUAAGUGAAGUCAAGAGAAUAAAUUAUGCCAUAAUCUUGAUGGCUAGGCUCGGUGCUCGUGUUCAACAUUCUUGUAAUACAUUCAUUUUUCUAUUUUUAGUAACUCAUGGUAGUAUUAUUUAUUCUAGCUUCGUCCCUUUCAAUUGGCUUUCACAUAUAUAUAUGUAUAUACAUAUAUAAGCCAAUGAUGUUUGCCUUUAUCCUGUAGUUUCCUUCUUGGAAACUAUCUAAUCAUAGCAAAGACCUUUGCUGCUCUGAACGAGAUUCUUUACUGCAGCUUCCUAUGAAUGGGAGAUUGGAAGUAAAGUGAAAAGAAAAGCAUUCCUCUUUUUCAGAGCCUGCUUACUCAUUUCAUGCCAUAAUCUUCAGGCUUGUGCCUUCUUCGUCACUUGCGUUCAAGAUUCUCCUCUUUUAUUUAUUUAUUUAUUCGUUCAUUCAUUCAUGCUAAUUCAUGCUUCCAUCUGCUCUUGCUCGCUUCAUUUACAUACAGAAAUAUAUAUAUAUAUAUAUGUAUAUAUACAUAUCAGUGAUGUCUGGAUUAACUAGAUAUUAUUUCUGGUGAAGACAUCCGAGCGGCCAUUCUUUCAGCACGGUUCUUCCCUCUUCUUUAAACUAUGAAAAAUAUGAGAUUAAAAGGAAAAAGAGGAGACCAAAAUUUCCUCAGUCCCUCAGCUUUGAUUGCCCUCUUUUUGCCCGUUCUUACAGAAUCUUUUCUAUUUUUCGCCGAUUCAUAUGCUACGAACAAAAAAACUAAGAAAUAUUCUUUCUCAAUGGAGAAUAAAUUUUCAUCACAUUUAGUCCACUGGGGAACCGAAGACUGCCAAAAAUCCCAUGAUUUCGAUUUAAAAUUCUUCUUCUUCUUCUUCUUCAAUAAAAAAGAAUAAGUGGUCGGCCUCUGACUGAUGCUUCAGACCUCUCCAUUACUCAAAAUUGUUCUUUCAGCUUUGACUGAUAUUUCUUGGAAGUCCUCUCAUUAUUCGUUCCAUAAAUAGCAAAAUUGUAUUAUUUUAUCAACCCAUCAUGUUUUUUUUUGCGUUGACUUUCUUCGUCAGGGCUGCGAGGGGGCGGAUGAGGAAGAGGUCGCCGGGUGGGACCUCCUCUGCUCCGACGAGGAGAACCGCCGGCGGGAGAAAUUCGAGGCCCUGCUGAGGCUCCAGCGAGAGCACAGCGGCCUGAUCGAACCCAAGAAGGACCUCAUCGUCGCCCCAGGGAUGUUCCUCCCCGAAUGGGCCUCCCCAGCGAGCGGUGGCGGCGACGCCGCCGGUGAGCUGCCGGCGAUGGCGUCGGGAAGCCCGCCGAGGGCGGCGCGGCGGCGAGGCCGGGAAGGGGCCGGACUCACCGGAGGCAACAUCCCAGCGGGCAGUCGAGUAGAAGGCAGUGGACAAAGGGAGAGACGGGCUCCGAUCAUCAUGACGAGGGGUCGAUUGAUGGGAGAAGGAGAUUGA